CCCUGUCCGCGCUCCCUCGUGGUAGGUUGCAGGCAUGGCGCACUACAACUUCAAGAAGAUCACGGUGGUGCCGUCUGCCAAGGACUUUAUUGACCUGACGUUAUCGAAGACUCAACGGAAGACUCCAACGGUUAUCCAUAAACAUUACCAGAUUCAUCGUAUUAGACAUUUUUACAUGCGGAAGGUCAAAUUUACUCAGCAGAAUUACCAUGACAGACUCUCCCAGAUUCUAACAGAUUUCCCCAAAUUGGAUGACAUCCAUCCAUUUUAUGCUGAUUUGAUGAACAUUCUCUAUGACAAGGAUCAUUACAAGUUGGCUCUGGGACAAAUAAAUAUUGCCAAAAAUUUAGUGGACAAUGUGGCUAAAGAUUACGUGCGGCUCAUGAAGUACGGAGACUCUCUGUACCGCUGCAAGCAGCUGAAACGCGCGGCCCUGGGGCGCAUGUGCACCGUCGUCCGGAGGCAGAAGCAGAGUCUGGAGUAUCUGGAGCAAGUGCGCCAGCAUCUGUCCCGUCUGCCCACUAUUGACCCAAAUACGAGGACGCUGCUCCUGUGCGGGUACCCGAAUGUCGGCAAGUCCAGCUUCAUCAACAAGGUGACAAGAGCCGAUGUGGAUGUCCAGCCCUACGCGUUUACGACCAAGUCUCUGUUUGUGGGGCACAUGGAUUAUAAGUAUCUGCGCUGGCAGGUGGUGGAUACACCGGGGAUCCUGGACCACCCUUUGGAGGAUCGGAACACCAUUGAGAUGCAGGCCAUCACGGCGCUGGCUCACCUGCGCGCUGCCGUGCUGUAUGUGAUGGACCUGUCUGAGCAGUGCGGGCACGGGCUGAAGGAGCAGCUGGAGCUCUUCCAGAACAUCCGGCCUCUGUUUGUCAACAAGCCUCUGAUAGUCGUAGCGAACAAAUGCGACGUGAAGAGGAUCGCGGAGCUUUCUGAAGACGAUCAGAAAAUAUUUGCAGAUUUGCAGGCUGCAGGAUUUCCCGUGGUUGAGACAAGCACCCUGACGGAGGAGGGGGUCAUGCAAGUGAAAACGGAGGCUUGUGACAGGCUCCUGGCUCAUCGAGUUGAAACCAAAAUGAAAGGAAAUAAAGUGAACGAGGUGCUGAACAGGCUGCACCUGGCCGUGCCGAACAAGAGAGACGACAAGGAGAGGCCCCCUUUCAUCCCCGAGGGAGUGGUGGCACGCAGGAAGAGAAUGGACAUCGGGGAGCCCAGGAGGAAGCGGGAACGGGACCUCGAGGUGGAACUGGGAGACGAUUACAUUUUGGACCUUCAGAAGUACUGGGAUCUGAUGAAUUCCUCCGAGAAAUACGACAAGAUACCAGAGAUCUGGGAAGGCCACAAUGUAGCAGAUUAUAUUGAUCCUGACAUCAUGCAGAAAUUAGAAGAAUUAGAAAAAGAAGAAGAACUAAGGACGGCGGCAGGCGAGUACGACAGCGAGUCUGAUAGUGAGGAUGAAGAGAUGGGGGAGAUCCGCCAGUUGGCGAGGCAAAUUCGGGAAAAAAAGAAACUGAAAAUUCUGCAGUCCAAGGAGAAGAACACACAGGGCCCCAGGAUGCCACGGACCGCGAAGAAGGUUCAGCGGAAAGUCUUGGAGAAUGAGAUGCGCAGUCUUGGUGUUGACAUGGAUGACAAAGACAACGCCCAUUACGCAGUCCAGGCCAGGAGGUCCCGGAGCGUUACUAGGAAGAGGAAGCGGGAGGACUCUGUUCCACCCCCGUCCGUAGCCCGCAGCCGCAGCUGCUCUCGGCCUCCACGGGAUGUCUCUGGCCUUCGGGACGUCAAGAUGGUGAAGAAAGCCAAGACUAUGAUGAAGAGUGUGCAGAAGAAGAUGAACCGCCUGGGGAAGAAGGGGGAAGCCGACCGACACGUGUUCGAUAUGAAACCCAAGCACUUGCUCUCCGGAAAGCGGAAAGCUGGGAAGAAGGACAGGCGGUAGCGGCCUCUGCCGUGGCAGCAUUCCGGCAGGGCGGGGGGGCGCCCGGCCUGGUCUGGUGGGGUCCCAGCCCGUAGACUGCAGAGAGCAAGGACCCCCGGAGCUCUGGCUGCUUUGCUGCCCGCGGGGCGCGCGGCUGCCGGGUGUUGGUGCUGCCCCAGCACCGGUCUUCUAAGGGUGCGGUGGGUUCUGUGUUUAGGGAGUUUUGAUCGCUUCAGGUCUGCCGAACUGGAAAGAUUGAUUGACGUGAAUGUGUGUUUUGAUGGAGAAAAAUCUUACUGCUUUCUGCAAGAGGGAACUUUGGUUCAUGUGCGUCUGGUCUUUUUUGAGAAGAGAACACCUCUGCUUGGGGACACAGGCAGAAGGCUGCCAGCCUGCCUACUAAGAGCCAGCGCCUGUGCUAGAUGAUUUUCUAGACUUUUCUCUGCGAUGUGUGUACCCUUGCUACCUGUCUGCAACUAGCCUCUCCAGAAUAAACCUCU